AUGACUACGAUUUCUACAACCAAUUUCUUGCAGCGUAAUGCUUUAUACGAUGUCGAAAAGCCAUAUUCUCUCCGCUUCACCCCACCCUCAGCCUUCCCACCCUCCAACAUCAAGCUAGCAAAUCACAGCAUUACUAUCAAAGACGUACGUACCCGCCAUGAGCCGCUGGACUUCUUUGAACAUGGCUUCCAACUUUUACCUUUCCGAUCUCAACUACCAUAUGCGCAAUUUGACGACGAUGAUGCUGUAAAACGUAUUUACUUACGCGAGGUUGCAAACAUCAUCAAAGACUUCCUUGGGGCACAAAAAGUACAAAUUUUCGAGCAUACAGUUAGAAAGAGACAUUCCGAAUUCCCGAUCAGUACUGGGGAAAAUUAUCGGUGGAACCAACCGACGAGUAUAGCACAUGUGGAUACUACGAUGGGCUGGGCGGUGGAUAUGGCAAAGCAGCUGAAUCCUGAUAAUUUGAAUAUUGGAAAGGCAAGAAUCCAGUGUGUUAACUUCUGGAAACCGUUACGCGGCCCUGUGAAAGACUGGCCACUUGCUCUCUGCAAUCCACACUCCAUCGAUACGGAGAAAGAUAUGGAGCCGUGUGAUCUAGUUUACCCUGAUUAUGUGGUGGAGAAUCGACAGCUGUAUUGGAGUGAAGGAUUGGACUGGUGGUGGUGCAGUGAUCAAAGGGCAGAUGAGGCAUGGAUCUUUUUGCAGAGUGAUACUGAUGCAGAGGCGAGAACAAAGCCUGUGCCGCACACCGCCUUCGAGCUCACAGGUGAGAAGGGAGAGCCCCGGGAAAGUAUUGAAGUAAGGGCGCUUGCGUAUUUCGGUGACUUUUGA